AUGUCACCACCGCCAACAACAUUAACUGAAUUUUUCGCAUUAUGUAGAAAUGAUACCUUUGCAAGGACGCUACUGUACUCUGAAGUACCAACUUAUUUUACUUGGAAUACAUCAUCAAGAAAAUUUCAGCGUCGUAAACAAGGUAGAGCAGUACAAGGUCAUCUAAAUUUAUAUUCCACAGAUGCAUUGGGUCGUCUGUACACUGUACAUCCAAAUAAUGCAGAAUGCUUUUACCUGAGAUUAUUAUUAAUCAAUGUUCGGGGACCAACAUCUUUCCAAGAAUUAAAAACAGUCAAUGGCCAUGUGUGUGCUACAUUUCGCGAGGCUUGCCAGAAAUUAAGUCUCUUAGAGAACGAUGCUCAUUGGAAUAUUUCACUCGCUGAUGCUUCUAAUACAGCUCAACCACCACAGAUACGUACACUAUUUUCCAUCAUACUAACUACAUGUUUUCCGGCUAAUUCAGAGGAUCUUUGGGAAAAAUAUAAAGACUAUAUGACAUUUUACAUUGCAUGCGUAGAAUAA